AUGGAAUACCGGAGUAAUACUCCCGAAUUGCUCUAUCAACCGAUCUAUCAGUUCACGAAUCUCUACCUUAAAUCAUCUCAUGAAAAGGCAUGCCCUUCAUUAUUAUCACCAAUGCCAGGACCGCCGGGACAACCGGGGCCGAGUGGAGAUGAUGGGCCGAAGGGAGAUCCAGGACAGCCGGGCGAUCCAGGAAUCCGAGGAGCGGAAGGACAGCCUGGAUUGCCGGGACCGGAUGGACCAAAAGGGCUGCCUGGACCAGCGGGAGUGCAAGGAGCACAGGGUGAAAAAGGAGAGACGGGGCCUAUGGGACCACAGGGAGCAGGCGCAGGAAAUGGAAAUCAGCCAAUUGUUCAUAUCGACGCAACUGAUUCAAAAUACGGAUCACAGCUAUCGAAGCAGAAUAUUAGCAAAAUUAUUAGCUUGACAGCAGAGAAGUUGGAAGCGGCAAAGAAUAAAAUUAUCAGAAACUCUACUCUUCAGCCAAUCCAGGAAGUGUUAGACGCUAUGAUGGAAAAUACCUCAAAGAUUGCGUUAUCGCAAAUGAAGGGGGCAUGCCCUUCAUUAUUAUCACCAAUGCCAGGACCGCCGGGACAACCGGGGCCGAGUGGAGAUGAUGGGCCGAAGGGAGAUCCAGGACAGCCGGGCGAUCCAGGAAUCCGAGGAGCGGAAGGACAGCCUGGAUUGCCGGGACCGGA